CGUGCUUCCGCGAUUUCUAAUUGUUUUCUCACCACUUUUCGCGUUAUCGCGUUCCUAAAGUCUCGAGAAUCCCGACCUAAAUUAAUACAACCUUGGAACUCUUUCCAAAAAAAAGAAUUAAAAAAAUCAAUUGCUCCUAAUUCCUCCGUCCUAGCCUUUCGAAUUCCCUCAAUUUAACUAAUUGUGAAUCGCCUAUACUUAUUUGUUCACCUGCAGAGAUGUCACAAGAAUAUGACGAAGGUGCAAAUGGCGAAGAGAGUGGAGUCACUGGCCCUGGCGCGCCCACGCCUGUCGCCGCUCUUGAGGGACUUGCGGGUCUAACAAAACGUGACUGUCAACUCCUAGCAGAGGGAGGUUUCCAGACUGUGGAAUCCGUCGCUUACACUCCAAAGCGGGCCCUGGAGCAGGUCAAGGGUAUAUCGGAACAGAAAGCUGUGAAGAUACUUGCUGAAGCCUCUAAACUGGUCCCCAUGGGCUUCACAACUGCAACGGAGAUGCAUCAACGAAGAAGCGAGUUAAUAUCCAUUACUACGGGGUCCAAAAACCUGGAUACUAUGCUCGCUGGAGGUGUCGAAACUGGCUCGGUGACGGAGCUCUUUGGUGAGUUCCGUACGGGAAAGAGUCAGAUCUGCCACACUCUCGCAGUCACAUGUCAACUGCCAUUUGACAUGGGUGGUGGUGAAGGCAAAUGCCUCUAUAUCGACACAGAAGGCACAUUCCGACCUGUACGACUUCUGGCGGUUGCGAAUCGCUAUGGCCUGUCCGGCGAGGAGGUCCUGGACAACGUUGCCUACGCCCGGGCUUACAACUCAGAUCAUCAACUACAAUUGCUAAACCAGGCUUCGGCGAUGAUGUGCGAGACCCGAUUCUCCCUACUCAUUGUAGAUAGUGCCACAUCUCUCUACCGAACAGAUUUCCUCGGCCGAGGAGAGUUAUCUUCCCGACAAACACAUUUAGCCAAGUUCAUGCGGACGUUGCAGCGACUAGCCGACGAGUUUGGAAUCGCUGUCGUCAUCACCAACCAAGUCGUGGCGCAAGUUGACGGUGGGCCCAGCUCCAUGUUCAAUCCAGAUCCGAAGAAACCCAUCGGCGGCAACAUCAUAGCCCACGCCAGCACAACACGUGUCAGUCUGAAGAAGGGCCGCGGCGAGACGCGUAUCGCCAAGAUCUACGACAGCCCCUGUUUACCGGAGAGCGACUGCAUGUUUGCUAUCAUGGAGAAUGGCAUUGGGGACCCGGCGCCCAAGGACAUGGAGAAGGACUGAGAGAUGGCGCGCUAAACGCAUUGAGCAAUGGACAUUCUCAAGGCAAAACCCUUGCAUUACAUUUUUGAGACACGGCGAAGGGGACGAAGGAGGGAACGGGAAACGAGGAAUAAGCUACGGGAUAUGAAUGAUUGCUUUUACAGAUGACUGGCAUGCAUGGCUUUGGCGUUUCUCAGGGGAAUCAACAGCAUAAACGGCAUAAUGCUUGGCCUUUUCUUUUAACUUGAACGUUUUGCACUGGUGUUAUCGUCGUGGAAAUAGUUCAGGGUGGACGAGCACUACAUUGUAGUAAAGAUGGCUUAUCCUCUCUAAAAUAUGUAGAUACACGAGUCAACGAUAGCUGUCUAUACAUUCAGGUAGGCACAUGUCUACCUUUGCUCAAACCC